AGUAUAACUCAAUUUCAGAGUUUUGGGCUGCAUGGGCCCCUCAGGAUUGUAGUUUACUGUGUGGAGCAGGUGCACAGGCAGGCGGAAGGUUACCAUGAAAAGCUGGAGGUCACAUCACGGAAACACACGUGUGUUAAGAUGAAUUGAUUGCUGUCAAUUUGAACAAGGCGAGUUGUUUGUGUCUGUUAGGUUUUGUCGCAGACAUUUCUCAUUUCAAGUCUGUUUUGUUUGAACGAGGAAGUUUAAGUUCAAUAAAACAAUUUCUUGAGUCCAGUUUAAACGGAUUCAAUCUUCCAUAAACUUUGUCAGAAAGUAGUAUUGCUCCCGCGUGUCUCUCCUCCCCCCCCCUUGAGGAAACAAACGCGUAUCCGCGCGCGCGCAGAGCGGAUACAGCGCACAGUUUGCGGUGAGCUGUCUGUCUCUCUGUCAGUGAGCCUGCGCGGCUCAAUGUGCGACAGCAGGAGGAAGACAGACAGACAAUUAUCGUGGCUUAAGGUUGGCCUGGAUGGCACCGACGUCCCGCUGAGCGCGAGCUGCAGAGCACCCAAGUGGCGAGUAGGGGGGUGGGUGGGGGGGCUGUACGUGAAACUUAAAGAGGUCGGGAUGGACGGAAAAGGCACCCUGAAGAUGUUCAGGAAGAAACGGGAACUCAUCAAGACGCCAUCCAUCUCGAAGAAGAGCCGAGCAGGAAGCCCAGGUCCGCAGAGCGGCGCCCAGUCUCUGUCCAUUCUCCAGGAGCAGCCCCGGAAAGAUGCUGGUGAUGCCGCCCUCUCCUCUUCGCCCUCCUCCUCUUCAAUGCUUACCCCAACGUCAGACCCCUCCCCAUCCUGCCCGGGCACCCCGAGCGCCCAGCAGAGUAAGAUGGCAGCGAUGCAAGGAGUGGGCUGUCCGUCUCCCAUGUCCACCCUGAAGAGACCCACCAGCCUGAGCAGACACGCCAGCGCUGCAGGGUUCCCCCCUCUCCAGUCGUGGGUGUUCACUAAAGGCCAGGGGAAAGGAGCCUUGACCCCGACCCCUCCGUCCGAUGGUCCAGAGAGCACGGCCAUUGAGGUUGAGGAUAUCCCAGCCCUGCUGAGGGACGUGGCGCGCUUCGCUGAGGCCGUGGAGAAACUGAAGGAUGUCGUGCUGACUGAAGGGAAGGAGAGUCAACGGCCCGUGGCCCAUGAGUGUUUGGGAGAGGUGCUGCGUGUGCUGCGUCAGGUUAUUAACACCUACCCUCUGCUCAACACCGUGGAGAUCCUCACUGCAGCUGGCAAACUCAUAUCCAAAGUCAAAGGUUUCCACUACGAGGCCAGUAACGAGGCAGACAAAAAGGAGUUUGAGAAGGCAAUAGAAACCAUUGCAGUUGCUUUUAGCAGCAAUGUGUCUGAACUGCUGAUGGGAGAGGUGGACAGCAGCACGCUGCUCUCCCUGCUGCCCACUGAGAAGAGCAGGUCGAUGGAGAACUUGUACGCUGCGACAGGCCAGGGAGGAGACGGCAGCCACUUCAGGAGCGACAUGCAGGACAUGGCCAAAGCUGAGGAAGUGGACGUGAUCCUCCAGCGCAGUGAAGGAGGGGUGGACUCUGCUCUGCUUUAUGCCAAAACCAUUUCCAAGUACACAAAGGACCUGAUAAGCUACGUGGAAAAGCGAACCUCACUGGAGAUGGAGUUCUCCAAAGGCCUCCAGAGAUUAUACCAGUCCUGCAAACACAGCAUAACACAUCCCCACAUGCCCCUCUUCUCCAUCUACUCUCUGGCUCUGGAGCAGGACCAGGAGCAGAGUGUGGGUCUGCAGCAGGCCACCACCACCCUGCACAGCCAGACCUUCAUCCAGCCUUUAAUGCAGCGUAAACAGGAGCAUGAAAAGAAACGGAAGGAAAUCAAGGAACACUGGAUCCGAGCUAGGAGAAAACUGAUGGAGUGUGAGGCAAACCUUCGGAAGGCCAAACAAAUCUACAUGACCCGCUGCGAGGAGUACGACAAGGCCAAAACAGCAGCCAGCAGAGCAGAGGAGGAGGGAGGAGGAUCCACAGCCAAGUCUGUGGAGAAGAAGAAACGAUUAGAGGAAGAGGCUCGCAACAAGGCAGACGAGGCGGAGGCCACCUACAAGACCUGUAUAGCAGAUGCCACCACUCAGCUGCAUGAGCUGGAGCACACAAAGGUCACAGUGCUGAGACAGCUGCAGGACGUCAUCAAGCAGAGCGACCAGACCCUCCGCUCGGCGACCAUCUCCUACUACCAGCUCAUGCACAUGCAGACAGUAGCCCUUCCCGUCCAUUACCAGACUCUGUGUGAGAGCAGUAAGCUGUACGACCCGGGCCAGCAGUACGCCGCCCACGUGCGAGACCUGCAGCUACCAGAGCAACCGAUGGUCCAAUACACAUUUGAGGCCUACUCCCCCUCCAGCACAUCGUCACACCAUGGCCACAGACCAAGGAACGACAGUUUCAACACAGAGCAGACGAGCAGCACAGACAGCCCCACCGUCAGUGUGGAUACAGCAGCAGAGACGCACCACAAGAGGAAGGGCCAUAAGUCCUGGGAUUCAAUAGUGAGCGAUGACAGUAUUGGAGGAGAGGGAGGCCUGGAGUCUCCCACUGCCAGCACAAGUGACAUCAGCAAAAUGGCUCGGACGUCAUCCACUGGAACAAUGUCGUCCAAUGAGGAUGCAGAUGAGAAAGACGGGAAUGUUGCCUCAUUUGAAAGUCCAAAUAUGAACGGCAUGGAUCCUGAUGGGGUGGCUUCCACCAGGCCUUUCCGUAACAUCGGCUUGUCUAAAGCUGCCCAGACCCACCGGUUGAGGAAGCUACGCACCCCUGCGAAGUGCAGGGAGUGUGACAGCUACGUUUACUUCCAGGGAGCCGAGUGUGAGGAGUGUUUCUUGGCGUGCCACAAGCGCUGUCUGGAGACUCUGGCCAUCCAGUGUGGCCACAAGAAGCUGCAGGGCCGCCUGCAGCUGUUCGGCAGAGAGUUCACUGCGGUAGCAAGCUGUGCCAGUGACGGCAUCCCCUUCAUCAUCACCAAAUGUAUCUUUGAGAUAGAGAGACGGGCACUCAAGAUGAAGGGCAUCUACAGGGUGAACGGGGUGAAGACUCGUGUGGAGAAGCUCUGUCAGGCCUUUGAGAAUGGCAAGGAGCUGGUCGAACUGUCCCAGUGUUCGCCACAUGACAUUAGCAACGUCCUCAAGCUUUACCUCAGACAGUUGCCGGAGCCAAUCAUGCCGUUCCGCAUGUACAACAGUCUGAUGGGAUUGGCCAAAGAGAGUCUGCACAGUGGAGACACACAAGGAGACACACCAGAGGGAGAGGAGGCAGAAUCGAGCCGUAGUAUCCCAGGAGUGAGCAAGGGGCUGGAGGACCGGGGCCCUGACACAGACCCAGAUGUCCUAAACCUAGUGGACAAACUGAGGCAACUUGUGAGCGAGCUGCCCAAGGCUAACGUUGCCACGCUGCGCUACAUCAUUCGCCACCUUCGUAGGAUUGCAGAGCUGGAGGAGGAUAACAAGAUGAGUCCCAGUAACUUGGGUAUCGUGUUUGGACCCUCCCUGAUGCGUCCGCGUCCAACCGGGGCCACAAUAUCCCUGUCCUCUCUGGUUGAUUACCCCCACCAGGCCCGCAUUGUGGAGGCCCUCAUAGUCUUCUACUCAUCCAUCUUCCAGUCUAAAACCUCACAGUCACACAAAACCAGCCGCUCUGCUUCCACCUCCACUCAACAGGAUAGUACUGCAGACAAGACAGGGAGCUCCCCUGAUGGAGAGGAGGAUGGAAGCAGAGAGGAGCAGAACAAACCAGAUUCUGACAAGACGGAGGAGGGAUGCAGUAGUUCUCUGGGGUCGCUGGGCUCCAGCGAGCAGCUUCCCGACUCCGACUCAGAGCUGGACGAGAGCGGCCAGCGGACCGCACACUCCCAGAUUCUGAUAAAGCAGGAGAGCGAGGUAAGCAUGGACGACGACCAGCUGAGCUACAGGGACAGCCUGGACCUGUCCAGCCACUCUGCAACCCACACCGAUCCAGAACAAGACACAGAUCAGGACCAAGAAAACCCAGAAGGAGCGGAGCCGCCCGCGCUGCCAGACAGCGCGCCCCCAGAUGACGAAACAGGGACAGAGCAGGAUCUGAGCGCCUCACUGGCCGAGCUCAACGUGAACCAGUCAAACAACAACUACCCCUGCUCCCCUAUCUUAAACCUGUCGGGGCAUCCGCUGGCACCUCUGUGUGGGAAGAAGUUGCCUCUGACAAGAAACAGGGACAGUGAGCCUGAGUUUGUCUGAUAUCAUUGUCAAACUCAUGACUUGAGCGGCAAGAGUCAGUUUACAGUACAGCAAAAUUGAAACAGAGGGGAUUAUUUUUAAAUGUAGAUUAAGAGCAAAUUUAAGUUUUUAAUCUGUUGCAGCUGUAUCGAAUUGUCAGAGGAACAGCUGCACGCUUACUGCUGUUUGACGCAAUUACUCUGGUCGUUUGAGGUGUCAUCUCGAAUGAUUAAAGCACUCUUGGUAUUUUAAAGUGUAUUUACUUGUUACUUGCUUGAGGGCUAGUGAGUAGCAAGUCACAUCAGAAUGCCUGCAAAUUCUAUUAAAGUGCUGCUGGUUUUAUUUCAGGAGUAAAAUUAUAAAAAAAUAAAAAUAAAAAAAAAUCAGCCGUUUCUUUUAAAUGUUGCCUGUAUUGCCUUAUGAAUGUUCUGUCUAUUUUAAUAAAGAUUCUGUAUUUUAAAGUCA